AUGUUGUUGCCUGUCAUCACUCUCGUUGCGUCUCUAGCAACUGUUGUGUAUUCUCUUUAUAUCAUUGUUACCACACAUAUCCUCCGCCGUCGUAUGAGGAAGGAAUAUGGCUGUCUUCCACCCAAGAAACUGCCUCAGAAGGAUCCCUUCCUGGGAACCGACGUCGUUCUUCAGAACCUCGCUGCUGCGAAGAAAUUUGGAUUCCUUGCUUUGUUGAAGAAGCGCCAUGCAGAACAAGGACAGACAUUUACCACAAACACCUACUUCAGAACCACGAUAAACACCUGCGAUCCUCGGCUCAUCCAGACUGUCCUCUCUAACCAGUUCGAAGAUUUUGGAAUGGGUCCUUUGAGACGGAAAAGCGCAUCACCUCUCCUUGGGCGUGGAAUCUUUACGACCGACAAUGAGAUCUGGGCCCAUCAGCGAGCUCUAAUUCGGCCGAGCUUCAUUCGAGCUCAGGUCACCGACUUCAGCAUUUUUGAGACGCACGUGGACCAGCUUAUUCAGCUCAUUGCUCGUGAGAACUACACUGUCGACUUGCAGCAGCUUUUUUUCCGCAUGGUUAGUCUUUUUCCGCCCACGACGCUUGAUGCCACUGAGCCUAAUUCCAUUAACCUUCUUCAGGUUCUUGACUCUAACAGUGAAUACCUUUUUGGAGAGUCUGUCGGCUUGAUGUCCGACAAUGCCUCCGAUUCCGCACACACUUUCCAUCACGCACUCGACUAUGCCCAGCAGGGUACCAUUCUUCGACUUCGACUGGGCAACUUGAUGGUCGCCCACAGGGAUGCCAAGUUCAGGGAAUCGUGCCGCAUCGUCCAUGCCUACGCCGACAAAUUUGUGAAGCAGGCUUUGGAAUUUCGACAGCGUGAGCUCAUGUACCCUACCGAGAAGAAGGACGAGUACACCCGCCAGAAGUACGUCUUCCUCAACGAGCUGGCCAAGGACACGGACAACCCCAUCAUGCUACGAGACCAAAUCGUCAACAUGUUGCUCGCAGCGCGCGACACAACCGCAGGACUUCUUGCUUUCACAUUCUUUAUGCUGGCUCGUAAACCAGAGGUCUGGAAGAAGCUUAGAGCUGAUGUGCUUGAGCAUUACACUGAGCCCCUUACCUACGAUGCUGUUCAGGAGAUGACGUAUCUUCGUUUUGUCUUGCAAGAAACUCUUCGCCUUUUCCCUCCCAUUGCGACGAACAGCCGCAUGGCGAACAAGGACUGUGUUAUCCCAGUUGGGGGUGGUCCUGACGGACGCUCUCCCAUGUUUGUUGCCAAGAACAAUGUUGUCACAUAUAGCACGUUUGUGAUGCAUCGCCGACCCGAGCUUUUCGGCCCCGAUGCUGAAGAAUUUAUUCCUGAGCGCUGGGAGACAUUCCGUCCUGGCUGGGAGUACCUGCCCUUCAAUGGCGGCCCGCGCGUUUGCCCUGGUCAGAAAUUCGCGCUUACCGAGUCGUCUUACACGGUUGCAAGGUUGCUGCAUGCCUUCUCUGGCAUCGAAAACUUGGAUCCGGCUGAAUGGCGCGAGCAACUUACCUUGUCCCUGACACUUAACAACGGAGUCAAGGUACGCCUCCACCCAGAGGCUUAG